UGUUGGAACGCUGGGUGAGUCUGGGUUUCUUGACGGGCCUCUCUGCUCUCUUGCAGCUGAAGAACCUUCUGAAGGACACUCUGCAAGGAGCGACGUGGACACUGAGAUGGAGGGAAUCGACAGACUGAAAGAGAAGGACCAAUGAGCCAUUUUUUUCCUUAACCUUCCCCCUAUUUUCCUGUUUAAAACGCAGCUACUUAUAUCUGCCGUUCAAUCUGUUGAAGUGAUUCGGAGCUGCUCUUCAGAGCUGCCUGGUCUGAUUCAUGUAACGCAGGCUGGAUCAGCCGUCUUUUUCACCAGCAAGCGCCAUCUAGUGCCCAGCUAGUGCAUUGCCAGCAAAACAAAACCCAUACUCACUAGACCAGGGCUUCUCAAACUCGGUCCUAGGGACCCCCUGUGGCUGCUGGUUCUAAUUCCAACCCAGCUCUCAAUUACUGAACUAGACCCUUAACUGAACUAAUUGCUUGAAGAAUAAUAAAUAUUUCUGUAUGGCUUAAGAAUCGCACCAUGUGUUAGGCUUAAUUACGCAACACUUAAACCUGGCCAGGUAUCCUGUGUGUGUGUGUGUGUGUGUGUGUGUGUGUGUUUUUUUUUUUUUUUUCUUGGGUAAUAAAUUAUUUUAUUGACUGUGCAUUGUUAGAAAUGUUGUUUUUUUUUUUUUUCAGUGGAGUUCUGGAUCAGGGCGUUUGUCCACACCUUUUGGCGAUCAGGGUUUCCGGUUAGCGCCCUGUUCUUUAAAAGCUGACGAAUAUUUGCAUCGCUUGGACUGGAGUCUCCAAAUUUUACUUUAAACCCGAAGUCUAUGACAGGGAGUUGUCUGCUUUCACUGUGUAAACUGGUGUCCUUUAAUAAAAAUGCAAUGCUAACUCCGGCUUUGAACUGCAGCCUCUCGGGUUGAAAUUGAUUUGUUUGCAGUGGGUCGAGUGGAAGUCUUUGAGGUGCAAUGUUACAGAUCGGUGAUGGAUGAUAAUGUUACAAACACAUUUGUCUAUGAAUGGUGCUUUGUUGCAAUCUCGUUUAUUUAAUUCUCUUUCUCUCUCUCGUUCUAAGCUUAGUUUUAAAUCUAGUUGGAGGGAAAAGAACAGAUUGAAGUAAACGUGAAUUUUGUGGUCUGGUUUAAAUGAUGUUUCACUUGCUCUGGGAAGUGGAACUGAAUCCUGCGUCAUUUUCGCGGUACAUCACCGUUCAGUCCUUAUAUAUAAUCUGCUUUUGUGAGGUAUCUCUUUAUUUAGUUGACGCUUGUUAAACGUGAGUUUGUUACAAUAAAAAAAAUAAAAUAAAAAUCAUUCUGCUGUCUCAAACGAGUUUUCUUUUGUAUGAUAUAUCUUUUUUACAGCACUUUAAAGAUGGUCAUGAAAGGACUGGCUGUGAAGGAGUUAAAAUGUCUUUGAUAUUGUGUGUGAUAGUUUUAAAAACGUGUACACACACACACCGCUGUGCAAAAGUCUCAGAUAUGUUGCAUUUUUCUACUAUACUGCAUUAUGAGCAUCAGUAAUUUCCUCAAAGCCUCCACUAGUGUUUUCUACUAUUGUAACAGCCUUGACUCGCAUAAGGAAGGAAACACGCUGCGUGAAAUCGCUCGGUUUUCAAGGUGUGGCAUCCGAAAAACAAUCAACAAGUACAGAGAAACCUGUAACUGGCAAACCCAGGACUGGAAGAGCCAAAACACUGUCUAACAAGGAGGAGAGACCUGAAGAUAAUAUCCUUCAGGGAUAGAAAGAAGACAAAACAAGGCAGAAGGCACAUGAGUCGUUGUCCACCCAUCAACAGUCCAAAGCACCUUUCGACCGUCCUCCCAGAGUCCAGUUUCUGUGUCCUUGUGCAUAUUUUAGCAUUUUAGUCUUGUUCCCCUUUCCUUAACAGAGGAAUUCUUACUGCAACACAUCCUUUAUGUCACGAUUUCAAAAGCGACCUUCCUACUGUUGAGAUAUAGAACAAUAUAACACGUUUGACGCCUGUUUUAGAUAUUGUGGCUGCUUCAGGUAAUGCAUUACAAUUGGAAAUCUAAAUUACAGGGAGUUUCAUGAGUCUCAAUGGGAGACGGGAGAUUAAGCUCUCUUUGUGCCAACACAGCGUCCUGUCUGCCAGCACCGUUGCAAAAUUAAAUGCAUGGGGUAGUAUCUAAAACGCCGGUUAUAUUAAAUUGGAUUCCCCGAUAAGGGCGAAGCGGUGUGGAACGCCCUCUUGCAACCCCAAACUUUUUUUUUUUUAAUUAUUCUUCUUUCUUUUCUGAUGCACCGUCGUUUAUUUCAAGCGUUUUAUUCAACCCAUAAGGGCGAGUUGGGAUUCGCCAUUGGUAUUGAUGGCGACGUUUCUCGACCGACGGCGGCUUCAUUGCGGUGUCUCGAUAGGGCUUGUCCACGUCCGCCAUGUUUGUUUCGGGUCUCGGCUUGUGGUUUUUUCGUCGCUGUAAACUUUGUCGGUCAGCUUUAACCCAGUUUGGCUUUCAGGGAGAGUUUGAAUGGUUUGAGAAAGGCGAAGGCGCGUCGAGGUCCGCGGGUUUCUCUUUUACAGUUUUUUUGAAGUCGGACUUUGUAACAUAAGCCGCCUUCCCUAUUCGGUAGGGGCAAAUGGUGGCGUCGAAAUUCGGCUUCACAGCCCUAGACAUGGAUAGAGGUUACCCACAUCGGCCAUUUUGGUUACGGGCAGGCGCCACCUUGCAGUUUUCUGCCAAGUCCCAAAGCCGAAGAAACGAGCUUUCUUUAGGAAAAACAAUCCCCCGAGGGCUGUUUUGUGGGAAUGGAUAGCCGGGGGAGCGAAGAAAGCGAACCGGGUAGGUUUUGCAAAGGAAACAUUUGUUUUAGCCCGGAGUCCCCGGUCCCGGAGCACCGACCGAAGAGGCAAGCAGCGGCUGCCCGGGAGAGGAGCGAGGUGGGCGGGACAGCGCUGCGCCGAUCGCGGCGAGCCCGACCCGAGAACGUGGAUGAAGCGGAGUCUCUGAGUAAGACCGCGGUGAAGAGGAAGAGGAGGAGGAGGAGGAGGAAGGGGAGCCGAACCCGGACCCAGAAGUGCCCCCCCAACACAGCCUCCGCGCGCGGGAUCGGAGAUCUGGUCCUGGCAGCUGAGCUGGUGGAGCUUGUCGGAGUGUCCCAGGGGGAGUUGCGCCUGGGCUUCGAGAACGAUCACCGGGGGUACUCCCUGCCCCCCGACCCCCAGGCCCUGACCCGCCUGGUCCGAAGCUUCGCACAGAACCUGCACAGGCAGGAGCAGAGGCUGAGCGAGCUGCAGGGGGUGCUGGAGAGGCAGGAGACGCUGCACACCCAGAGCAAGGAGCGCUGGGAGUGGGAGCAGCACGCCCUGACAACGGCCCACGAGGCUCGCAUCGACUCCCUGGAGAACGAGGCGGCCCGGCUUCGGAUCGAGAGCUCGGCCCGGCAGAGGGAGCUGCUCCGGGCCCGCUCGGAGGCAGCCUCCAGCGCCGAGACCGUGCUGCAGCUGGGGGCCCAGCUCAGCGAGAAGCGGGCCCACCCUCGCCGCUGCGUCCUCUCCGCCAGGGCCCUGAGCAAGGAGCCCAAGUGGCUGCGUUUCUUCACCGGGUUCGAGAGCUACAGCAAGUUCACGGCCUUCCUGGAGUUCCUGCGCAGCGGAGACGGGGCCGGGCUCUGCUGGAACCGGGCGGCCAAUCGGGAGAGAGUGGGCGGGGCGGAGGAGGAGGAGGAGGAGGAGGAGGAAGUGAUUUCGGACGGGUUGGUCGAGGCGUUGGGGAAAGACGUGUUUAUGGACGGACAGGCUCUUGAUUCAGACUUGGUGACACAGACCGAGGGGCUGCCAGCGGGAGGGGCUAACAGCUCAGAGGGCGGGGCCUUUCUGGGGCGGGGCUACUCUCGGCGCACAGAGGGCGGGGCUCCCAAUCUGCUGAGCCCAGAGGACCAGCUGCUGCUGGUUCUGACCCGGCUCAGGCUUGGCCUGCUGCUGCAGGACCUCUCCUUCAGAUUCAAGGUGGCCGAGUCCACCGUCUCCCGGAUCUGGGUCCACUGGAUGGAGCUGCUGCAGAAGAGGCUGCAACAGAUCCCGGUACGCUGCAGCCUUCGGUACAUCGACUCCUUCCGGCCCAAACACUCCGUCCUGCUCGGGCAGGGCUCUCCGCUGACCGUGCUGGAGUGCGCGGACCUGCUAUUCGAUGUGCCGGCGAGGGAGCGGCAGCGAGGACCCACCCCCCUCCCCGUCCAGGGGGGUCGGGAUGGCGCGGGAGAGGGGGCGGCGCCUGCGGAGGUGCUGAGCGUGCGGAGCCUCACUGACAAGGUGCUCACCUUCCGUUACCUCCGUGGCGUGCACCCGCUCAGCAGCGCUCCCCACAUCGACCGUGCCUGGGAGGUGUGCUGCUACCUGGCCUGCCUGCUGCAUGAGCCCAUGGGCCUGCGGUGA